AUGGUCACAUACAGAUCAAUCGAGGUUAACUUGGAUGCAGCUGGCGAUGUAGUGUCUGGUUGGUAUCAGCACAGCAUGUUCCUCCCUCACGAAGUGAUGGGCUGCAUCUACGAUUUCGACCGGGAGUUGUUUCACAAGUUCUUUGGAAACCCAGAGGCCGUCUGCACGCGGAGAGAUCCGAGAAUACUGCCGACACAUGAGAAUGUUCGCUUCGCAUUGGUGGUUCAAUCACCCAGCUGCUCGGCCUUGCUAUGCUCUGGAAAUGACGAGUUCAUCCGGAUCCAUGGCUGGUCUCCCUUUGCUGGGAUGAGUGGUAUACUGCCCGAUGUCAUGCACAUCCUCCACUUAGCUUGUUUUGGUGAUGUGCUCACAUCCAUUCUCUUGGACUUCUCUGACAAUCCUUUCCCCUGGCCGGGAUCGUCCCGGGACAGUCGCCUUGAGCAUGGAUGGCACAGUUAUAAGGGCUACUGCCAACGGUGGGGCAUUCAGGACAGGGCCGAACGGAAACUCUUCACGAACGAGGCUCUGAAAGCUGACUAUGCGACCGUGUCGCAGAAGAUCAUGCGAGCUGCUGCAGCCAAGUACAUGAUUUUUUGGCUGCACUGGCUGGUGGAAAGCCUGCUGCAGGGCGAUCCGGAGCAGCCUGAGGAUCUGAAGUGCCGGCUCAUUUUCGGUGUGGUGACUGGGCUCAUGAUCUUUGAGCAGACACAAUUGGAAAAUGGUCGCUACUUCACAGAAGAACAGUGCCGCUGCUGCGAAUCUGCUUAUUAUUUGUACCGGGCCUGCUACGAUAGAUUGGCUUCAAGAGCCUUGGCUUUAAAUGUCUCAAGAUGGAAAGUCAGGCCCAAGCAACAUAUGUUUGAGCACGAGGUGAUCGAUUUCAUGAGUGUGUACAGACUCAACCCUCGUUACAGUGCCAACUAUAUGGGGGAGGAUGCUGUCCGGCGGUGCAAGCAGCUGGCACUUGCCAGCCACCCGAAUCACGUGAGCAGUCAUGUGAUGCUGAAGUGGGCACUGCAGUUCUCACUCCCGUAUCGCUGUGCAUCGGGGAAGAAAAGGCGAUCUAUGCGAUCUUCGUGGCCCCCAACCAACACGAACCCGGAGAACAGCGAAUCCAACGAUCCGAAUUCAAGGCUCAUAAAAAACAAAAUAUGUUUUAAGACAUAUAAUACUUAA